AUGACAAUCCUGAUCAAACCCCUGACACGUGCAAAACUAUUGUGUUUUGCUCUAACAUUUACAGUUGUUUGUAAUGCAUUUUAUACAAAACGUCAGUUUUAUCCAUCUGUCGUUUAUCUAACAAAGUCAAGUACAAGUUUAGCCGUUUUAUAUGUACAAGCAUUUGUUUUUUUUCUUCUUGUUGGAAAACUUGUACAACGAAUAUUUCUUGGACAAUUGAGAGCAAUUGAAACCGAACACCUAUACGAUCGGACAUGGUUUUCAGUUACUGAAACAUGUUUAGCAUUUACAGUAUUUCGUGAUGAUUUUAGUCCGCGUUUUGUUGGAUUUUUUGCUGUUUUAUUAUUUCUAAAAUGUUUCCAUUGGUUAUUGGAAGAUCGGGUCGAUUAUAUGGAGCAAAGUCCGGUACUUGGUCGAGUUUUUCAUGGCCGAAUUAUAAGUCUUUUGAGUUUAUUACUUCUCUGCGAUUAUCUUUUUAUAACAACAGCUUAUUCUCAUACAUUAGUCAAAGGUGCAUCUGUUCAAAUUGUAUUUGGUUUUGAGUAUGCCAUAUUGCUUGUAUCCGUCAUAUCUACAGGUACAAAAUAUUUAUUACAUUCAAUUGAAAUUCGUACCGGUGAACAAUGGGAGAACAAAGGUGUAUUUAUGUUAUACGCUGAUUUAAUACUUGGAUUUUGUCGAUUAGUUUUAUAUAUGAUAUUUAUGUUGGUUAUGAUGAGAAUACAUACAUUUCCAUUAUUUGCAAUUAGACCCAUGUUUAUUGCAAUGAGAGCAUUUCGUAAAUCAUGUACGGAUGUUAUUGAAUCUCGGCGUGCUAUUCGAAGUUUAAAUACACUGUACCCUGAUUUAAGUGCCGAAGAACUAGCAACAGUCACAGAUACAACAUGUAUUAUUUGUCGAGAAGAAAUGUUAGUUCAACAAAGUAUCAAACGUUUAGGAUGUCAACAUAUAUUUCAUAAAAACUGUCUUCGUUCUUGGUUCCAACGCCAACAAACAUGUCCAAUAUGUCGUACAACCGUAUUGCGACCACUUGGUGCUCAAUUACUUGGAACUCCAGGACAAGCUCCUGCUGGUGCACAAGCUGCGGCUGGUGUUGCUGCUGCUGCUCCUGCUGGUGCUACAGGUGCCACACCUCCUCCAAAUGCAGCAGGACAAUCACUACCAGGUGUAAUUCAGGGUAAUGGAGGACAAGCAGGAGCUAAUGGACUAUCACCACCUCCAUUUUUCAAUUUCACUCCAUUUAAUCUAAAUAAUCUAAGCAAUACAAAUAAUCCUCCUAGUCAAUCACAACAAACUUCACUGCCAUUUGGACCAUUUUCAACCGUAUUGCCUCCAUUUGCAUUUCCACCACCACCUUUGCCACCAUUAAAUUUUUCCGGUAUGUCCGAAGAAAGUAUUCGUGCAAUGGAAGAAACAGAAUUACAACAUGUUCAAGCUCGAAUUCAAUGUUUAAGAAAUGUACAAAAUUUACUUGAUGCAUCCAUGUUACAAAUGCAAACAUAUAUGAAUAUUGUUCAAACGCAAAGCAAUAUGAACAAUAGUAAUACAAUUCUUCAAGAUUUGAAUUUAGACACAGAAAGAGUAUUACAACCGAGAAAUAGUAAACAAUCACUCAAUGAAUUACCAGGAACGACGACCAGUGAGACCAUAAUUGACGGCAAUGAAUCUCCAACUGAACCCGCAUUUAUUCGCCGACGUCGUGUAGAACAUUUUACAUCUCCACAUAAUCUAAUUUCGCCAGAUGCAUCUACAUCAAUGUCAACAGCAACGACCACAAACUCAGAAAUUGAUAAUAAUGAUGAUAAAAAGUGA